AUGGCUGCUUUCAAGGACUGCGCUCAAGCUUUAAAUGAUCUCGCUUCUUACUCCAGAAGGGAUGGUAUUUCCGUCGCUGAAUUAAUGGAUUCUGUCUCUAGAGGUGGUUUAACUUACAAUGAUUUCUUAGUUUUACCAGGUAAGAUUGACUUUCCCUCUUCUGCCGUUACUUUAGAAGCAAAGUUAACCAAGAAGAUUACUUUGAAUGCUCCAUUAGUUUCUUCCCCAAUGGACACCGUUACUGAAUCUGAAAUGGCCAUCUCAAUGGCUUUAUUAGGUGGUAUUGGUAUCAUUCACCACAACUGUUCCCCAGAAGAUCAAGCUGAAAUGGUUAGAAAGGUUAAGAACUAUGAAAAUGGUUUUAUUAAUUCUCCAAUCGUUGUCUCCCCAGAAACCACUGUCGCUGAAGCUAAACAAAUGAGAGAACAAUUUGGUUUCUCUGCUUUCCCAGUUACUGAAGGUGGUGCCCAAAAAGGUGUCGUUGUUGGUAUUAUCACUUCCCGUGAUAUCCAAUUUAUUGAAGAUGACUCUAUUCCAGUUUCCAAAAUUAUGACUACCGAGUUAGUUACUGCUAAACAAGGUAUUUCUUUAACCGAUGGUAACGAAAUUCUAAAGAAAACCAAAAAAGGUAAACUAUUGAUUGUUGAUGAACAAGGACAUUUAUUAUCUAUGUUAUCCAGAACUGAUUUGAUGAAGAAUCAAAAUUACCCAUUGGCUUCUAAAUCUGCUACUACCAAGCAAUUGUUAUGUGGUGCUGCCAUCGGUACCAUUGAAGCUGACAAAGAAAGAUUGAAGCUAUUAGUUGCUGCCGGCUUAGAUGUCGUCGUCAUCGAUUCUUCCCAAGGUAACUCAGUUUUCCAAAUUAACAUGAUCAAAUGGAUCAAACAAACAUUCCCAGACUUAGAAGUUAUCGCUGGUAAUGUCGUUACCAGAGAACAAGCUGCUAGUUUAAUUGCAUCUGGUGCUGAUGGUUUAAGAAUUGGUAUGGGUUCUGGUUCUAUCUGUAUCACUCAAGAAAUUAUGGCUUGUGGUAGACCACAAGGUACCGCCGUCUACAAUGUUUGUGAAUUUGCUAACCAAUACGGAGUUCCAUGUAUGGCUGAUGGUGGUAUCCAAAACAUUGGUCAUAUUGUGAAAGCUUUAUGUUUAGGUGCUUCUACUGCCAUGAUGGGUGGUAUGUUAGCUGGUACCACUGAAUCCCCAGGUGAAUAUUUCUACCAAGAUGGUAAGAGAUUAAAGUCUUACCGUGGUAUGGGUUCUAUUGAUGCUAUGCAAAAGACCGACAAGAAAGCUAAUGCCUCUAGUUCCCGUUAUUUCUCCGAAUCCGAUGCAGUCUUUGUUGCUCAAGGUGUUGCUGGUGCCGUUGUUGAUAAAGGUUCCAUCAAGAAGUUUGUUCCAUACAUCUACAAUGGUUUACAACACUCUUGUCAAGAUAUCGGUGUUAGAAGUUUAACUGAAUUGAGAACAUCUGUUGAUGCUGGUCUAACUAGAGUCGAGUUCAGAUCUGCUUCUUCUCAAUUAGAAGGUAACGUUCACGAUUUACAUUCCUAUGAAAAACGUUUACACAAUUAA